GUGUUGUAUGUGUAAUUUUACAUUGUGCCUACGCUCGUUAUAUUGUAAUACUGAUGAUCAAUAUAUUACAUUACUUUUCGGUAAAUAUUACGAAAGAAUUUGAAAGCUUAUUUCAUUCUUUUUCUGACGUAAUUUAGAAUGACAAGUAAAAAAGGUCAUACCCUUCGAAUUGAAUCAGAAAUCGAUAAAAACCGCGAAGAAGGAAAUUGGAAAAAGGUUAUAGAAUUGGCAGAGCACUUGAAAGUACAGUAUCCCAGUAAUGAAUGUUUAGCAAAUUUUUUAUGUGGGGAAGGACGAUUAGAGAGCUUUUUAGAACAAACUCCACCUAUAGAUGCUAACAUUGGAAAAGCUAGAAAUGGACUACAAGAAACGAGAAGAUACUUAAUUUUAGCAGCAAAUGAAAAAGAUAAACAAGCAUUAGUUGUAUUAGAUGCCCAUUUAUUACUUGGUAAAUUGCACUAUGCAAUGGGAAUGUAUGAAGAAGCACUUAAGCAUUACCAACAAGCUGAAUUGCAUACACUUACGGAGAAACCAUUACCUUGCAGAAGUCUACGCAUUAUUGCAGAAUCAUAUGCAAUUAAAGACACAGAGAAACAUUUAUCCUGCCGAAGACUGCGCAUUAUUGCUGAGUCAUAUGCAAUUGAAGGGCUUUGUUUUGAAAAGUUACCACCAAAUUCCAAAUCCAAGUAUAAAAUAGCAGAGUGGCAAGAGCAGAUCAUCAAAUGCUAUGAAAUUGCUGGUGACCUAACAUUGGUAUAUUUACAAGAACAGGAUAAACUUGCAAUGCAACAUCAAAAUGGCACAUGUACCGUAAAUAGUAACAAUGCAGGUACAUAUUCCUCUCAGUCUUCGUUUUGUUCUACAAAACAUAUUGGGCCAAUUUUGGAAACUGCACUACAAAGGGCACCCAUAUUGUACAUUCAAACUGGUAAUAUUCAAGGUGCAAUUAAUCGUUACAGGGAGAUUUUAUCUGCUGUGGAGUCAACAACAACUCAAAGCCUUAGGGUUACUUUGACAAGACAAUUAGCAGAAGUAUUAGUUCGAGGAAUUAGUGGUGCUGAAUACAAAGCUCCAGAAGCAGUAAGUGACUCAAUAGAUUCGCCAUGGAAGCCAAAGAAAUAUUUAGGUCCUAAUAUGUUUGUGCCAAGAAAUGAGUAUGAAGAAACAAUUUUAUUAUUAUUAAUAAGUGAAGCUAUGGCAGUUAGAGAUGCUGUACUUAGUCAAUCUCCAGAAUUUAAAGAUGCACGAAUACAUGCUUUUGAAAAUGCCACUGCAGUAUAUGAUCUUCUUACUGUAGUUGUCGUAAGAUGGAGUCAAGUGGAUUUAUUAUAUGAGUCUUUUGAGAGAGCAAUGAAAUUUUCUCAUGAAGAAGUACACGUGUGGACACAAUGUGCAUUGUGUUUAAUUAGCAUGGGCAGAUAUGUACAUGCAUAUAGGGUUUUAAAAGUGGUAGCAAAAUUAUCACCACAGAAAGUAAUGCCUUGUCUUUUAGCUGCGAGACUGUGCUAUGAGGAAUUAAAUAUGAUAAAAGAAGGUAUAGAAUGGAGUCAAAAAGCACUACAAAGAGAGACAUCAAAUUCUCAAGGGAUGCAAUCAAGAUGUCAUCUUUAUAUUGGUAUUGGUCAUAGUAUACUUGCUGCAAACACUAUAGUAAAAAUGGAUAAAACUUAUCAUACAAAAACAGCUUUAGAAUGUUUUCAAAAGGCCCAACAAUGUGAUCCAAACGAUCAUUUAGCUGAAUACUACCUAGCUCACGAAUAUGCAAUUAACAGACAAAUUAAUGAAGCAAUGAUUCAUGUAAAAAUUGCGUUGAAUCUUCGAGCAGAACACAUUCCAUCAUUGCAUUUAUUAGUAUUACUACUAUCGGCACAUAAGCAAUAUUCAGAAGCAUUGCAUUUAAUAAACAGCGUAUUAGAAGAAUAUCCAGAUAAUUUGAAUUUUCUUUAUGUAAAAGCACAUCUUGAAUUACGAAGUAUUGGCGGUGAGCAAGCAUUGUUUACCAUAAGGCACAUGCUUUUACUUUGGAAGAAUCUGUAUGAAGAUCAAACUAAUGCUAAUUGUAACGAGCAGCACAGUGAGAAACGAAGCGAAACAAGAAGUGUUUUUCAACUGUAUGCUUCUGAAAUGUCUGAUAAAGAUUCCAGUUCUCUACACGCACAAUCAUUAGCUGCUUCAAGAGUAGAACAGGCUUUAUCUGAAGUUGCAUCUUCACUUAGUUCUUUUACUCCAAAGCCUGGACCACAAAGAGCAUGGUUGCUACAAUUACAAGUUUGGUUAUUGCUUACUGAAGUAUAUUUAGUUUUAGAUCAACCAAAUGGUGCUGUUCUUUCUUUACAAGAAGCGACGAAUAUUUUUCCACUAAGCCACCAUAUUAUGUAUACACGUGGUCUUCUCCAUGAAUAUAAAUUAGAAUACAUGGAGGCAAAACAAUGUUAUCAGAAUGCAGUAUCUAUUAAUCCAUCACAUAUCAAAAGCUUACAACAUUUGGGAUUAAUUUAUCAUUAUUUGGGAAGUCAAAGGUUAGCUGAAAAAACUUUACGAGAUGCUGCAAAAAUCGAUCCAAACUCUCAUCAAACAUGGUACAAUUUAGGAAAGGUGUUGGAAUCCUUAGGUGAAGUAGAAGCAGCAAGUGAUUGUAUGGCUACAGCACUAGAAGUAGAAACUACGAAUCCGAUAUUACCAAUCCUUACAAUACCAGUAACAUUUGAAUGAUUCAAAAUUUGAAUUAUUUAAAACAAGAUAUAAAAAGAUCCCGACUUAUUGGCAUUUGUUUGCUUUUGGGGCAAUAGUA